CGGUUCUUUUGAUGGAUGGAAGUGCUGCACUGGGGCUCGAUCUGAGCUUUGUAACACAUGUAUUUUUAAUGGAACCAAUAUGGGACAGAAGCAUGGAGGAACAAGUUGUUAGUCGUGCUCAUCGGAUGGGUGCUACUCGUCCAAUACACGUGGAAACUCUUGCAAUGCGCGGUACAAUUGAAGAGCAAAUGCUGGAGUUCUUACAGGAUGCUGAUGAGUGCAGAAGAUUUUUAAAGGAGGAGGUUGGAAAAUCUGACCCUAAAGGGGCACGAACUCGCCGUUCAUUACAUGAUUUUGCUGAGAGCAAUUAUCUGUCUCAAAUUAGCUUUGUGCGGACAAAUCCUAUGUAAAGGAUAGUUUUAUUGUUGGAAGUUUUCCCUCCCUCCCCCGUCUGUUGGAUAUGGAAAAAUCUAGAAUAUAACUUUAUGCAGUCAAAUUUGGUAAACUCGAGGCAUACAUGCUUCUUGAUGAGAAAAGAGUGGACUCCAGUAUUGCACUGAUCCUGCAAGUCCCAGCUCCACCCCUCUGUCUUCGUUUAAAAAAAGUAUUUGUGAUCUUACUGUUGACUGUACUAUGUAGGGGUUUUUAUCUACUCUUGAUACUCAACAGUGAGGUCACAGUUAAGUAAUUCUAAUCACAAGGUGGUCACUAUAUGGAGGUGUGCGGCCUUAGCUCUUAUAUGGACUGUUUGGUUGGAAAUGAAUAGAUCUUUGAUGCCAAGGAGAAAGUGGAAGCACCUUGGGAUAGGAUAAGUUUUUUGUUUCUCCCUGGGCAUCUUUGUUCAAACAUUUUGGAGAUAUUCCGUUUUAGUAUAGUUUCUCUUGAUUGGGGAGUUUUGACUUGAAUGUAAUUUGUCAUUUUAUUGGAAAGUUAUUUGUUGCUAUGAGAAAACGAUUUA